GUAAUCGUGACAACACUUGAUGUCGCAAUAAAAGGUGUGCCAUAUAAACUGCGCAUUUCAUUUUGGUUAGGAAAUGUACCGAGUCUUAAAUGUGUUGUUGUGGUCCGGAAAAAGAAAUAGUGAAUGUUAAAUUUAGAUUAUGUUACUAAGAAGGUUUUAAUAUUGCCAUGUGUGUAGGACGUACAAGAUAAAGUGUACAUGUGUUUGGGUGAAGUUCUCAGAAACUGACAAUGUCCAGUCCUAGUAAAAUAAAAAGUAAGCCGUAUAGAAACUGGGUGAGAGGAGCCCUUGGUUUGUUCUAUCUACAAGAAGGUCUCUACCCUUUCACUGACCGUGUUGUUAAAGCAGAACAAGCAAGAAUCGUUCAAAAUCUGCCGCCAUGCACGAAUUGUGCUAUAGAAAACAUUCUCCCAGAUCAUGCUAGUAGGAAAGACUGUUUUCAGAGGAAUAAAACUAAAUGUAACUGUAGAAAGAAGAAAACAAACAAGAACUGUGCCACAUGUAGCAAGAUCUAUGAUGAAAUAGUUCUAAAACACCGUUUUAGGGAGCCGCAUUGGGUGACCGAUUGUUCUACAUGGUACAAUAACCAUUGGCAGUUUGCAAAAUGUUUCUUGACAACCUCAACCAAAGGAUCAAACAAUACUGCUGCCGAAACUGAUGCUUCUGGGUUACUCAGCAUUAUUAUAAAUGGCGAGUUCUUUCAGUCAGAACUUCAGUGCAUUAUUGAUCCACCACAUGAUAUAUUUAGUCAGGUAAGAGAGAUGCGAAACGAAAUUCUCCACAACUCUACACUAGAUUUGACAGAUCAUGACGUGACAAGAUAUCUAGAAUCUAUGGUAUCAGUAUUAGAAGACAAGACAACAUUAAGCAAUGAUCCAGCGGCUCAAGCAGCAGUAAAAAAGUUAAAAGAGAUUCUUCAGGACGACGUAAUCGUAGCCUCAGCUGAAGAAGCCAAAGCAAUCCAAUUUGCAAUAGAUGCUAUCACAGUGGCUAAAGAACAGGCUGAAGAGAGUAUAAGCAAACUAGAAAAAGAUAGUCUUACAAAAAUAAAUGCUGCAAAGAAAAGAGCAGUAGAAGAGGUGGCAACUACAGUGUCCGGAGAGAUUGAGGAAAAAUAUGAACCAGCAAUAAAAAAACCUAAACUAGGAAAUGGAGACCAUGAAAAUAGAUUAAAAGCAGUUGAAGCGGAACAACAAAAUUUAAAAACAAAACAGCUUGAAUUGGAACAAAAUGUUGCCAAUCUGAAAAUUCUUAAGGAAAAGAAGGAAUAUCUGAAGCAAACAGAAGGUCUGAAACAACACAUUGUGCAUGAAUAUCAGAAACAUUACGUUAAGACAUGGAUUUGUCCGCUUUUGACGCAAAAAAAUGACGUCAACAUCAGUGAAGUUUAUGUAUCGCCAAGAAUGGUGGUCGAAGGAAAAAGAGAUUGCAAGAUCGGAAACACAACUGAAAAGGAAAAAGGCAAGGCAACAAACAACAGGCCUAUAGAAAGAUAUCGCGAUUUAUUUUACACAGAUGAUAAAAGAAAUAAGAGAAUUUUUGUUGUAGGAGACGUAGGAACUGGAAAAAGCUCAUUUUGCAAAAUGAUGAUUCAGAACUGGUGCAGCUCCAUGACAAAAAGAAAAAAGAUUGAUGAACCAGGCAUCAUUAACGAAGACGACGUUGUUCAAGGAGUAGAAUGUAAUACGAGCAAUAUGAAUCAGUUUGAUUUCUUAUUCUAUAUACCUUUACCUGAAAUGCCGAAGGACAUCUAUGACACUGUCGAUAUGAUAAAAAGUCAGUACAACAAUUAUAGGACUGUAGUUGACGACAUAUUUACAAACGAUUCGGAGCGUAUUCUCAUUCUAGCAGACGGCUUGGACGAAUGGACACCAUUUAAAUCAAGCAGACGUUUACUUCUUCACGGGAUACCGACAUCUAGUUUAGCAGGUGAUUCUACAAUACUUAUAACAUCUCGGCCAUCAUCUCACGGUAUCUUAAAUCUGAAAUCAUCGGAAUACGAUUUGAAAGUAGCUCUCUUGGGUUUGGAGGGUAGCUCUGUCCAACCUAUGAUAGAAAAAUACAUGAAGUUGAUAAAUAAAAAGUCAGAUGUCGCAGCCUUUAAUCACACACUUUCAAAUUUACCAUUUGAAGAUAUAUGGAAAGCCCCGAUGUUGCUGCAGCAGAUUAUCUGGCUAUACUGCAACAAUCAUAAUAUAGGUCAAUCAAGAAGUUCUGUUUACUUACACAUUGUCAAUGCUGUACUUGGGUGGGAACAUGAAAGGUCGGGAGUUUAUCCGACGCUUCAAAGUAACCAUUUUGAGAAUCUUCCACUUCCAAAUUCUUUUGAUAAGUACUCCAGAUGUCAAGAAAAUCGAGAGCUGUUACUUCUCAUAGGCAAAAUCGCUAACGAUGCAUUAAUACAAAAAGCAGACAGUGUUUCAUCUCUUGUGUUUGGUCGGAACAAGCUGAAACAGUUGGGUUUAUCAGCAGAUGAUAUUUCUACAGUUAUGCGGACUGGUAUUCUAACUGAAAUCAACUGUGCCGAUCCGACAUAUGAGAAGUCACAACUUUCAUUUAUUCAUACAUCUUACGUGGAGUUUUUUGCUGCUUUAUACAUUUGUAGCUGUUACCUUUCGAAAACUUCUAAUGCUCAUUUCUCGGGUACACCUCUCACUAUACUCGAGGAUCUCAUUGCAGUUACUCCAGAAACAUCUGUUGACGAAAUACUGCGAUUAGAAAAUGUACUUAUUAUGAUGUGUGGACUAGUUCAAGGCCUUACAGAGCAUGUCUGUGAAUUGUUAUAUAAAGUAACACAAAGUGACAAUUCUGAAGAAAUAGCAUUCGUGAUACAGGAUUUAAUUUUUGAUUGUUUAUCAGAACAUAAUUCCGUUGAUCACAAAAACGCCGUUAAAUUUAAACUGCGUCAUUUAUUCUUUGAUGAGCGUUUUCUUCAUAAUACGUCAAGGUUGAUGAAAUUGUGCUUAAGUGGUUUAGUUCUUAAUAGUAUAGAAAUGUGUGAAUUGUCCCACCUUGAGUUUUCACAUAAACAAUUUUUGUCAUUGUUAUUAUCCUUGCCACAAGCAAUAUCAUUACGGACGCUUGAAUUACGCUUCAUCAAAUGUACAGAGAACGAAUGUGAGGGUCAUGCUUUUGAUUUCACUCAUCAUAAAGAGUUGAAGGAUAUAAAGGUACUUUAUAGUAGAAUAUCAGUCUCAGGAAUAAACACUAGUUCCCUUCAAUCCUGUGAAAUCUCAGACUGUGAGUUGUCACACGAGCAAUGUUCGUUGUUAUUAUCAUGCUUGGGACAAGCUCUAUCAUUAAGGACUCUUAAAAUAGAACAAAUCAAAUGUACUAAGGACAAAUGUGAGGGGCAUGCUAUUGAUCUGACUAAUCAUAAAGAAUUGCACACUAUAGAGUUAUCAAGAAUUAAAAUAUCAGUUUCCGGUAUAAAUCCUACUUGUCUUCAAUCCUUUAAAAUCUCAGACUGUGAAUUGUCACACGGGGAAUGUUCGUUGUUAUCAUUAUGCUUGGCACAAUCAGUAUCAUUGCAAACUCUUGAAAUAAAAGACAUCAAUUGUACUAAAGGCAAAUGUGAGGGGCAUUCUAUUGAUCUGACUAAUCAUAAAGAAUUGCAGAGUAUAACGUUAUCAAAAAGUAAGAUAUCAGUUUCCGGUAUAAAUCAUACUUGUCUUCAAUCCUGUAAAAUCUCAGACUGUGGGUUGUCACACGAACAAUGCUCGUUGUUAUCAUCAUGCUUGUCACAAGCAGUAUCAUUACAGAAUCUCAAAAUACGGCACAUCAGAUGUACUAAUUGUGACUGUGAAAGUCAUAUUAUUGAUUUAACUAACAAGAGAGAAUUACAGACGAUAGCGUUUGAUUGUAAAACAAUAUUAGUUUCCGGUAUAAAUUUUACUAUGAUGAGGUCAUGUAAUGUUACUUGUUUUAACAAUCGAUCACACGAGCAGUGCGCGUCAUUUUGCUCAUCCUUAUCAAACGCAGACUCUUUACGCGACCUAAAAUUAAUUGGACUCAGAUGUGUUGAAGAUAGUUGUGAAGGUCAUUAUCUUGAUCUAAGGAAUCACAAACAGCUAAAAAAUGUACAUGCAUCACUCUCUAACACGAUGACUAUCACCGCUAUAAAUUCCACUUGUCUCGAGCAGUGUUACAUCAACGGUUUCAAUUUAUUACACGAUCAAUGCGCGUCGUUAUGCUCAUCUCUAUCUCACGCAGAGUCGUUAUUUAGCCUUAGAAUACAUAAGGUCAAUUGCAUUGAGAAUACAUGUGAAGGUCAUAGUGUUGAUAUUAAAAACCAUAAACGCCUGCAGUAUUUAUCUAUAUCAAACUGUAACACGAUAUCUAUCACCGGUAUAAAUCCUACCUGUCAUGAAAGGUAUAACAUCAGUGACUGUGAUCUAUCACACGAGCACUGCACAUCAUUAUGCACAUCCCUAUCACAAGCAGAGUCUUUACGUGAUAUUACAUUAAGUCAGAUAAAAUGUAUUGAGGACUCAUGUGAAGGUCAUUAUAUUGAUCUUACGAAUCACAAACAGCUAGAUCGUUUAUCUAUAACGCACUGCAACACGAUAUCUAUCAUAGGUAUAAAACCUACCUGUCCUGGGAGUUGCCACAUCAGUAAGUGUAAUCUAUCUCACGAACAAUGUGCGUCAUUAUGUACAUCCCUAUCACAAGCAGAGUCUUUACGUGAUAUUGAAUUAAAACAGAUCAAAUGCAUUGAGGAAGCAUGUAAAUGUCAUGAUAUCGAUCUUGCAAAUCACAAACAGCUAAAGCGAGUAUCUAUAUCAUACUGUAACACGAUAUCUAUCACCGGUAUAAACCCUACCUGUCCCGUGAAGUUUGACAUCAGUAAUUGUAAUCUUUCGCACGAACAAUACACGUCAUUAUGCUCAUUCCUUUCAGAAACAGAGUCUUUAAGUGCUAUUACAUUAAGUCAGAUCAAAUGUAUUGAGGAUGCAUGUGAAGGUCAUUUUGUUGACCUUACGAAUCACAGACAGCUAAAGAUAUUAUUUAUAUCAGACUGUAACAAGAUAUCUAUCAACGGUAUAAACCCUACUUGUGCUGAGAGGUGUGAUAUACGUAACUGUAAUCUAUCGCACGAGCAAUGCGCAUCAUUAUGCACGUUCUUGGCACAAGCAGAGUCUUUACGAGAUAUUACAUUAAGUAAGAUCAAAUGCAUUAGGGAUGCAUGUGAAGGUCAUGAUAUUGAUCUUUCGAAUCACAAACAGCUAGAGCGUUUAUCUAUAUCAAGCUGUUACAUGAAAUCUAGCACCGGCAUAAAUCCUGCUUGUCUCAAAAAUUGUGAAAUCAGUGAUAAGAAUCUAUCACACGAGCAGUGCAAGUCAUUAUGCACAUCACUAUCACAAGCAGAGUCUUUAUAUGCCAUUACAUUGAGAGGGAUCAAAUGCAUUGAGGAUGCAUGUGGAGGUCAUUAUAUUGAUCUUACGAACCACAAACAGUUAGAGAGUUUAUCUAUAUCAGACUUCAUGUUUAAACCAGCGGGCAGCUGUGCGUUGUACGGCCUCCAGAUGAGAGUUUCAGUGUAUGGGGCCCAGACUGAGGAGCAGUACUCCAUUCGAGGUCUUACAAGUGUCCUGUAUGCUGUUGACUUUAGCCAGUCUGAGUGCACUUUGAUGUUUCGUCUUAAGAAAUCUAGUGUUUGA